UAUCCAUGUCAUGGUGCGGAGCGACUGCCCCUUCGAUAGCCAUCGUGCUGCAAAUGCAGUGUCUAUAAGUGUGUAGAUUGUAAGCCUUAAGUCGCCAAUUUGUACCAUCGGGAUGGCGAUGUGAACGCACCGCACCUUGGUGUCAGAUCUUCGGUGUGUAACCUUACCGAUAUUUCGGAUCGGUUUCGGCAGCCUUUCGUCUGGGCCUAAUAAGGCAGGCACGAGCCGUUUGCUAAUGUGGAGCAAGACGCUGAGAUCCCGGCAGACUCUUGACAAUGCAUAUCGCACCCAGCGGAAUACGUCGACAUCUAACAAAGGCCAAGGUAACGUUCUUUCAUCGUUUAGGCCUGGCCCGGUUGCGCGGGUCAGCGCAAGAAACACUAAUGUGCUCAUCUUUCGUAAGCAGCAAGUUCCUCCUGUGAAAGCCGCUCUUUUCCGUUCCUUCUGCGGCGGUGAAAUUCGGCGUUCACACGUGGUGUCCCUUCCACAGUCUAAUGUAGGAAAGUAUGUUUCGUGCUCAACGUUAGGAGAAACAGUGUGGAGCGUAACAAGACAUGAUAGCUGGAGAGGUUCAGUACCUCCACACCUACAGCCGAGCUGGACGCCCUACCGUCACGGAGCAUAGAGCCCUAAUAUCGGGCCCUUGCUUCACCACUACCGGUGUGAAUCCACUCGUGAUUGCGCCGUGCGGGAGCCAUCCUGUCGAUGAAGACGGAGUUCAAGCGUACUAUGCACUCGGAUGAACCCUGGUCGGCGGGACUGCUUUGCUUGCUUCAACAUAGUUAUUCGUGGGAAGAGUGCGCUAGAUCUGGUCUGCGCUGCUUUUCUUCACAUUGUCCACAGGAUCUCGUAAGUGAACAUUAGGCAUCUCUCAAGCGUGCAAUUUCGUGAUCAGGCUCGGUGCGCCCAAUAGCACAGCAUCAGCACUCGUUACCCUUACGCACACACAGUAUGUCCGUUGUUACGCUGGAAUCUUCACUUUGAGAUGCGCAAGUGAAUGGGGUGGAGUCUUUUCACUGAACCGUGAAGCAUGGUAGAGUUGCUGCGGUGUAACAUUCCCCAACCGCGCGGCUCCUUCCACUUGGCUCAGGCUGCAUGUCCAGGCCGCUUUAGGUUCUUAGUCG